GGUUUGGAGGAGAUGAGAAGCCAAGCUCCACAUCGCUAUGGGGAAAAUAAGAGUGGUGAGUCCAAGGACCUGUUGCUAACAGGGAACACUCCUCCCUCGGUGACGAGGCCGACGUUCCUGGAAAGGGAGGAGGCCAAGACGCAACGUCAGUCGAGUACGACUACCGGAACACCUUCUCCUGGAGUCCGACCUGGUGAAUCCCUUGGACGAGAGCAUGAAGAGCACGGUCACUUGAGGACACCACCAAUCGUGGAGGAGCAAGUGGAGCAGGAGCAACUGGCCUUAACGAAUGGUGGUGAAGGAGAAGAGAGGCAAGACGAGUACCUGGAUGAAGGUGAGCUUCAAGUUGCACUUCGGCAGGGCGACCAACUUGUACCAAGGGCUAGUGAAGCUUUGUUUCCUCGACCCUUCAUGUCACCUCAACCGGAACCAGUUCAUGUACACGACCCGGGACAUCAAGGGGUACAAUAUGGCAUGGACCCUACAGCGGUCAUGCAACAGCAGAUGUUGACGCUGUUCGAGGCAUUGAGGCAAGAGAACCGAGACUUGCGAGAUGAACUUCGAGAUCAGCGCCGUGGCUUUGAAACGCAGGUGAAGGCCCUUCAGAAAGAGAUCGAGAAUCAG